GCCAAACGGAGCAUGAUUCAGUUGUCCCGUGAAUGGGGAUGAAAGAAUCGGAGUGGGAGGACCCGAAAUUCUCACUGAAGAGCCGAAUGUGAGAGAGCAUAAAACAUCACCAACUCAAAGUUGCAGAACCCAAAUUACAUUGACCGGUAAUUUUGGUUAUCAAAUUUUAGGGUUUUGAGAUCAAACGGUAACGAUGUCUUUCUUCGACAAGCUACCUCAAGAACUCUUUACCGAUAUCUGCACAAGAUUACCAAUCAAGACUAUCGUGCAAAUCAGAUGCGUUUGCAAAUCAUGGAACGCUCUCAUCAAGAACCCUAAUUUCAUCACAGCGCACAUCAAUCGAACUGUUGCAGACACCAAGAAGACUCAAUUACUACUCCUCAGGUACCACUCUCAGCAUGAAAACGAAGAGCGCUUCUCAAUACGUUGUGAUAAUGAAACAUUUGAUGAAUGUAUGGCAUUUGAUGAUAGUUAUGCUUGCUGGCCACAUUCUCAUUACAGGAUAGUGGGUUCAUGUAAUGGGUUGAUUUGUUUUUCUGACGAUUUAAAUGGCAAUACUACAUACUCGCAUUAUGAUUUUUUUCAUGGGUUUGGAUUCAAUUCUUGGACUAAUGACUUCAAGGUUGUGAGAAUUGUGUAUUUUUGCGAGUUUGAUAUGAAUGGUUACAAAAGUCCACCUUGGGUUGAGGUUUAUGAGCUUAGCACUGGUUUGUGGAGAGUCAGUAGUGCUGUUGUUCCUCUGUAUGGCAUGAUUUUCAGUCGUUCUUGGCAUGUUUUUGUCAAAGGGGCUUCCCACUGGGUAGCAUCUGAGAAGGGCAAGGAACGAAAUCGCUACUUGAUUUUGUCGUUUGAUAUGGGUUCUGAAGUUUUUCGCGAGAUUAUGCUUCCAGCUGGUGUUGCCAAUGGCCCCGGGUUGAACCUGUCAAUUUCACUUUUUGGGGAAUCCCUGUCUCUAUUCCAUUAUGAUGGUUUUUUGUAUGAUAGAAGUAAGAGAUGUUGCAUAUGGGUGAUGAAAGAGUAUGGUGUAGUAGAGUCUUGGACGAAAUUAUUUACUCUUGGAGGAGGAGGACUAAGCAAGGUUUUGGGAUUUAGGAGAACUGGUGAAAUUCUUGUGGCAAAGAGUAACAGAGAGCUGGUUUCUGAGAGCAAUCAACAGGUCCAUCUUGCAAACUUUGGGUCUGAAGAGUGAAGACUCGUAUUAUUUGGAUACUUACAUGGAGAGCCUUGUUUUACUUGAUGGAGAAGAUCGAGUCUCAUUGAAUGAUGCAUACUAUUCAAUGAGGACGGCGAGAAGAAGAGAGAUUGAGGAGAAAACAUCUGCUAAGAAUGCUGAAGGAAGCAAAGAAAAAUAGGAAGUUUGCAGAGUUGUUGGAAUGGGAAUAUGCUAGCCUGCUAGGAGCAAAUGUGAGAAGAUGGAUAAAGGAUGAAAGAGUAGCAGCAGCUAUUUUUGUAGUUGAUGAUCCUAUUCCCUUUCAUAGGUAGGGAUGCAAUUACAUUUCUUCUGCAUCUUGUACUCUUUUGAAAAACCAAAUUUUUUUCCACCUUUUGUAUUCCUUUCAGAUUUUGUGUGCUUAGUGUAUACUAGUUAUUGAAAAUUUCAUUUAGUGAAUGACUUGGCUCCAAGGAAAGGCUUUCUAAGGGAUAUGCGUUUCAGAAUCCUUGUCUUGCAAGUGUAUUGAUUUUUAAUUGACAUGAAUUGCUUUGAUUUCUUGCUGCAGUAUGUUGAAUCCUUAUGAUUGUGUUGUAGGAUUUUCGUUUCUUAACAAUGUGUAAACUUAAUUUGGAUGUUUGUAUGGGCUUCUGGAGAAUGCUUUAGCUAAUUACUCCAAUCCAUUUUUCUGUCGAAAUACCCUUUGAGAAGAGGAUAGUGCAUCCAUUCUUGGUGGAUGUUAGAGUAGUUGUAGAGUUGUCAAUCAGGAUGAGAAAGAAUUGCCAAGUAUGAGAUGGAAGCUGUAGUUUUUUAUUUAAGUGCUUUGUCAUUGGUAAUAGUUACUAAUUCCCUUCAUUAAUCUCAUGCGAAAUCUGAUUUUACCACUUAUUGCUUCUUUCACUAUAUUGAUUUUCUUAUAUUUUAGUUAUCAUUGCUGUUGUGUUGGUACCUGAUGUCAUUUCUUACAAAAACUAAGCUAUUUGUCCCCAAUCUACUGCAUGUUGGACCUUCAAUUAUAGUUGUAUUUGAUUUAUGUUUCUUGGAUUUUAAUUUGUACCGCAAAUGACUAAAAAUAAACUGUUGUUGCCAGUCACAACAUGAAUAAGAGCGUAUUGUUGGCUUUGCAUCUGAUGGAGUUAGAUUUCAAAUAUUAUUUGGCUUAUGUUGUAGUUCAGGAUAAGUAAACCGGAUUUAGUAUUGGAAACUCUUAAUGUAGUGUUGAAGCUCGAGAAUGUUGAAUUUUUUAUAGAAAAGUACAAUCGUCCAAAAUUAUGGGAAGGAUUGAAGGGACUUUUCUCUGGCUCCUGUUUUUUUGUCACUAAUAUCAUCCAGCAACUGGAACCAAGUUCCUCUAGCAACAUCAACUGCAGAAUGACAUGUUCCCUGAUGAUACCUUGCAUACCUCUCACCCCAUGUAGCCCACAACAUUGCAGUAAACACUAUUUUAUUAAGCUUAUAUCUGACUUAGUGAGUUGAAAAUCUCGAUUCGUUGAAUAUAUUGGAUAUCAGAGACUGCAACUUCAGAUCUAGCAUGGAGUUUCCACCAGGUAUUAUCAGGUCUCUCUCAAAGGAAACAAGGUUUGUCUUUAAUAUAUUUUGCAUAAAAUAAUUUUGUUGUGUUGUGUUUCUUCUUCACUUAUUUAUUUAUUUAUUGUUGAGGAAAUAACAUCUCACUUAAUCAAGGGCACUCCACUAAAGUCAAUAUGCGAUUUCAAGACACAGAAGAAAGGCUCUGAAAGUCAGUGUUAUGCUACUUACUUGCAAAGGACAAUAACAAGGGGAAAAAGUCUGUCAUUUAUUGAAAUUAGGAGAAAAACUAAUAGGUAAGUAGAAAGAUUACUUACUUUUAUUGUUGUGCAAAAUGUCACCUUUUAUGGAGGUAUGGGCUCAACCUUUAAAAUUAUUCAUUGUAAUAGUUGUAAUGAUGAAGUGGUGCAACCUUUAAAAUUAUUCAUUGUAAUAAUUGUAAUAGUGACUUAAUGCAUUGUAAUCAUUGUAACUUGGUGCAAUGGGUGGUUACAAAA